AUGUCGGGUGAAAAGCGACAGGCUUCUGAUGAGCCCGCCUCGACGCAGCUUGUGAAGCGGCCGAAUCUUGGGUCGGACGGAGCUCUUGCGCGCUUCAAUGCAUCUAGAGACAAGUCGGCACUAAUCCAGAGCGCGCCGCGAACUAGUGGAUUGAGCGCUCCGGUUAUGCAACUCAGUGGUCACACUGGCGAGAUAUUUGCCGCGAAGUUUGACCCGACUGGCAACCUUAUCGCUUCCGGAUCGAUGGAUAGGAGUAUCAUGCUUUGGCGAACUUAUGGCGAGUGCGAGAACUACGGACUAUUAACCGGUCACCGCGGCGCGAUAUUAGACCUUCAAUGGUCCCGGGAUUCCACCAUUCUCUUCUCAGCGUCCGCUGAUAUGCAUCUCGCCAGCUGGGAUCUUGAGGCCGGAACAAGAAUAAGAAGAUACAUUGGACACGAAGAGGUUGUCAACACGUUAGACAUCAGCAAGAGAGGUGAGGACCUGCUCGUAAGCGGCAGUGACGACGGUUCUAUUGGCAUCUGGGAUCCAAGGACAAAAAAUGCGGUUGAUUAUAUCCAAACGGAUUUCCCGGUUACGGCAGUCGCACUCUCGGAAGCUGGCAACGAAGUCUACACCGGGAGUAUUGACAACGAUGUCAGGGUUUGGGACAUGAGGAAGAUGGCGCCUCUCUAUAACCUUGUCGGUCACCAAGACACCAUUACUUCGUUAAGGGUAUCCCCUGACUCCCAAUCGCUACUAUCCUUCUCCAUGGAUGCGACCGCCCGGACGUGGGAUAUUCGACCUUUUGCCCCCACGGAACGACUUAUUCGAACGUUCGAUGGAGCGUCAAUGGGCUUGGAAAAGAAUCUUAUCGGGGCUAGCUGGGACCCUACUGGAAAAAGAUUAGCUGCUGGAUCUGGGGAUGGCUCAGUGUUGGUUUGGUCGAACGACACAGGCAGGCUAUUAUACAAGCUUCCCGGCCAUAAAGGGACGGUCAACUGUGCCGAGUUCUCUCCCGGAAAGGACCCAAUUAUUCUCUCCGCAUCGUCUGAUCGAACAAUGCUUCUCGGCGAAUUAAGGUGA